AUGGCAAUAGAAAUGAAAUUUAUUUUCUUCAUUCUCAUGCUUAGUGUAGUGUUAUUGGAAGCAAAACAAACUUUCUGGGAAGACUUAGCACUCUUUCCAAGAGCAAUAAUCAGGUAUCUAUUUCCUAAAGAUCCCGGUAUAGUGAGAGUAAGAAAGCUAGAAGAAGUCGAAACAGUGAAAAAUGUAACUACGUUAGAUUUUAUUGGUUUGGUAGAGAGAUAUGGUUACCCUGCUGAGGAACAUUAUGUUAUAACGAAAGAUCACUACAUCUUGGUGAUACAUAGAAUACCAGGAAGUCCUUUAUCUAAAGAUCGACAAAGAAAAGGGGUUAUAUUCCUUCAACAUGGUCUUCUCGCUUCAUCUGAUACCUGGGUGUUAUUUGGUCCUGGCAAAAACCUUGCAUUUUUAUUGGCUGAUGAAGGAUAUGAUAUUUGGCUUGGAAAUUACAGAGGAAAUACUUAUUGCAGAUCACAUAUAAAAUUAUCUCCGCAAGAUCGAAACUUUUGGCGAUUUGGCUAUCACGAAGUAGGAAUAAGAGAUCUGCCAGCUAUGAUCGACUAUGUACUUAAUUACACAAAACAAAAAACUCUGCAUUACAUCGGUCAUUCGAUGGGAACUACCGUAUUAUUCACUUUACUAUCCACAAGACCCGAAUACAAUGCAAAAAUAAAAUUGGGAAUCUGUCUUGCUCCAGUCGGUGUACCGAAAGAAAUGCCUGCUCCUUUCGAAUUUUUGCGUAAUUUAUACGAUAUACCGAAGCUUUUUAAGGAUUUUUUGGAUUUUAAUGAAAUAAAUGAAAUAGCUUCCUUAUCAUCAACAACAAUUACGAUAGGAAGAACAUUGUGUACAGAUAAGGCAAUUACUCAACCUAUCUGUGUGGCAAUAAUGUUUCUACUUUUCGGAGCCGAUCCAGUACAACUGAAUACUACGGCAUUUCCGCAUAUGUUAUCUCAUUUCCCAGCAGGGGCAUCCGUACAAUUAAUAUAUCAAUAUUACCAAAAUUUUGUUAAAAAGAAAUUUCAAAGCUACGAUCAUGGACAUUUAGAAAAUGUUAUCCAAUAUGGACAGACAACACCUAUAAUAUAUAAUCUUAGCAAAGUGACAGUGCCUUUAGCUAUGUAUUACACCGCUAACGAUGUGCUUGCUCCAAAAGUGAAUGUACUCGAGACAUAUAAGUACUUGCCAAAUGUUAUCCUGCUAGAAGAAAUUUCACAUAAAUUAUUUAAUCACAUAGAUUUUCUAAUUGCCAUUGAUGCUAAAACUCUAGUGUACGAUCGUAUAAUAGAGCUAUUUCAGAAGUUUGAUAAUAAUUAG